AUGCGGACGCCGUCGGUGAUGAUCGUGGGCCUGGUGCUGAGCCCCUGCGGCUUGCUGCUGAACCUGGUCAGCACGCUGACUCCCUGCUGGAGGCAGGUGAGCCGAAUAUCCGGCAAGCCCAUUGACGUGGUCUAUCAGCAGGGCAUCUGGGAGCUCUGCCAAGAGACCCAGAGCACCAGCCAGCGCCAGUGCGGCCUGGCUGAUGAACUCAGCUACUUCCCCACGCAGCCGGUGCAGGUGGCCAAGGGGCUGAUGGUCUCCUCGCUGGUUGUGACUGUGGUGGGGCUGGUGGUGGCGGCUCUGGGGGUGCGCUGCUGGCAGGAAGAGCCCCACUACCUGCUGGCAGGCCUCUCUGGCCUGAUAUUCUUUGCCUCCGGGCUGAUGAGCCUCAUCCCUGUCUCGUGGUACAACCACUACCUCAGCGCCCUGCCGGCGCCCGCAGGCAGCACCCUGGAGGUGGGCUACAGCCUGGUGCUGGGCUAUCUGGGCAGCUGCCUGGAGCUCAUCGGGGGCUUCUCCCUGGCACUCAGCCUCCACCAGGGCUGCCAGGAGUGCAGGAGAAAGAAGACAACUACCAAAUAUCCCCACCGCAGCCAGCCGGGCCCCGCCACCGUAUCUUCCAGAGACUCCAUGCCCCGUAGCCAGAAGCCAGCUCCCAAGUCCUUCAGCAACCCCGUGGAUGUGCUGGAGGGAGAAAGAAGCUUCAGCCGCUCCCUGCCCUGCGACUCAGACUUAUAG